AGUGCCGCGAGUUCUCGUCCUCGUUCUCGUUCUCGUUUUUGGUCUCACCACGCGCCAUUUUCCCCCCUUUGACCCUAUCGUUACGCGGGAAUGAUCGCAGUUAGGGUAGUUUUGGUAUCAUCAUUAUUCAACCAAGCUAUGGUGUUUGACCUCUUGGUGGUGUAUAGACAGUUACUCCCACUCAUUCGUGCACUAUAAGUAAAAAAAAAUGGUUUCAUCUUUUCAUUUAUAGCGUAGGAAUACAAGUGUGAGUAAUCGUGGGACAAAAGUGCUCCGUGACUGUAGAAACAGGAUCAGUGCCAUGAUCGAUAGCUAAUAACCUCUAGUGUACGUAGUAAGUGUUCGUGAACCAUUUAGAAGGGGUACCCGUCUAAUGGACUGUGUCAGCCAAACCUGCCGCGUCGGUAGAAUCCGGAAAUCGAAGAUACCUCGAUCGAUAGCCAAUACCUCCCGUAUGUAAAAGAGUUCGCGAACCCUUUCGAAACUGUAGAAUUGUGUCUUGUGGACUAUGUCGGGCCUAGCGAUAUUGCCACGAAGGCUGAAGAUCGAUGGAGGCCCGGUGUUCCAUUAAACGAGGAUCGUACACGAGUUCGCAAAGACAGAGGAAGGAGGUCAAGAAUCGCGUGAACCGUGAUCGGAAGAUUCCUUUGGUCUCGAUGAGUGGUCUCGUCGAAAGAAAGGAGGCAGCCCCGUUGUUCGAGGGGUGUUGUCGAACGAUAAUAGAAGUCGACCGCAGAGGCGGAGACUAGGCCGGUAACCGGUCCGCGUUGGGUUUGAGGACUCCCAGGCUUCUCGAUUUCGAAUGGUCGCGCGGCCAGCGGGAGAAGCACACGUCAGCGAGGGCACCUGACGGUAAAAAGACGCAUGUGUGGGAGGGGGGUGGAGAAACGCUGUCGGAUUAUCCGUGGGCAGGCCGAUCGGACCUAGAAAGCGAGUUCUUCUAAGGUUUCCGCGGGUGCCAGAGGAAGCCACGCCGUGGACAGGGGGCCUGGUACCAGAGAGAGACACCGAACACGAGCGGUUCGUUCAUCCGGCGCGCGGAAGAUUUCGUCCUCUCUCUUCGUUCGCGUCUCUGACCCCCUUCGCGCCGGCGAGGAUGGAUCGGAACGAGAGCGCAAACGAGGGUGGAAGCUCGCCCGACACGGUGAUCGGACGCUCCUCGUCCGAGGAGGACCGGAACAGGCACGGCUGCACCACUUCCGGCGAGUACGCGACCGUCGCCGGCAGCAGCUCCAGCUUGGACACCCUGACCGGUGCCACGGCUGCCCCCGCGGGAAACGACGACAAGAAGAGGGGACGGUUCGGCGCCCUGAAGAGCAGCUUCCGCAAGGAGGGCGGGCUGUUCAAGAUCAAGAAGAAGACGAGGUCCGUGGACGAGGCGUUCGUCGAGCAGGAGCCGGAUGUUGACGAAAAAGAGACGGCCCGCAAGAGGAGUCCGGAAGCGGAGGAUGACGGGAAGGGCGGCACGAGCUCGACCUUGAAGAAGAAGAAGAAGAAGUCGAACUCGCUGGUGCGCAAGCUGAGCCUGAACAAAUUUCGGCUGUCGACGGACCAGGAGCCGAGGCAGCCGCGCGAGGGUGGCGAGAGCAGCCGUUCGCAGAGCCAAUCGUCGCAGGAGUCGCCCAGCCUGUCGGACAGCCCGUCCAGGAUCGCGAGGAAGGGGCAGGAGGCCGAGGCGACACCCGCGAAGGAAAGGCUCGAGCAUCGCGAGACCAACGAGGCGGGGGAGGGGGAUAGAGAGAAGGGAGAGACGUGGAAAUCGGAGAAGCUGCUGGAGAAACCGGUGAGCACUGUCACCGUAGUGCAGCGCAGGUCGCCGUCGUUGACCAUCAAGAGCUUUACCAAGACCCAGCACGAUCCGCUGAGCCAGGAGAAGGCGCCGCGACUGGAGGAACGGUGCAGCUCGACGCUUCCGUACUCGAUCUCGAAAUGGCCGGAGCAGAAGGGCGGGAAACAGGUCACAGAGACGACUAGGAAGUCCAAGUUGACCGCAAAGUCCGAGUCGGAGUGCGGUAUACGCACGAAUUCGUCGCCGCGCGAGGUGCGUCGGAAGCUGUCGUUGCUCGAGGAAAAACGAGCGAUCUUCCAGCGACGGUUGUUCCAAACCACCAAGGACUCAAACUCCAGGGAGACGGUGGUCGCCGUGAGCCUGGACGACGAGGACAACAACAGGACGUCCGCGAAGGAGGAGGAGAAACGGGAGGUGCAGACCAAGAAGAAGGCCAGGCACAUCAGCGUGAAGAAGUUCGAUACGUUCUCGACGUUCGAGGGCACUUUCGACGAGGAGACGGGUGUCGGGUAUCUGGCUGGCAUCGAGGAGGACUAUACGGAGAGCUACGAUCGACAGAAUCACGAUUAUUCGGCGCAUCCGAGCACCAUGGGACCGAUGGCCGGCGGCAGCGAUAACGCGGAGAGGGCCAAAGUCGCCAGCCAGGACAGCACGUCGUCUCAGAACAAUGCGCCAAAUGCCGGAUUAGGCGAGAAACGAGAACACUUGUACAAAAUUCUGGUGAUUGGCGAGCUGGGGGCCGGAAAGACAUCCAUCAUCAAGAGAUACGUUCACCAGUUCUUCUCGCAGCACUAUCGCGCGACAAUUGGCGUCGACUUCGCUCUGAAAGUCUUGAACUGGGACCCCCACACAAUCAUCAGGCUCCAGCUAUGGGAUAUCGCAGGUCAAGAGAGGUUCGGGAACAUGACUCGAGUGUAUUACAAGGAAGCAGUGGGUGCUUUCAUAGUGUUCGACGUGACGAGAAGCGCGACCCUCGACGCGGUGGUCAAGUGGAAACAGGAUCUGGACGCGAAAGUGCAGCUACCUGACGGUUCGCCGAUCCCCUGUGUCCUUCUGGCGAACAAGUGCGAUCAACAGAAGGAGGGGCUCGUAAAUUCACCGGCGAAAAUGGACGACUAUUGCAAGGAGAAGAACUUUGCUGGAUGGUUCGAGACGUCUGCCAAGGAAAACGUCAACAUCGAGGAAGCGGCACGAUUCCUUGUUAAUAAAAUACUUCAGAACGACCAGCUAAUUAAGGGCAACGGGUCCCAGGAUCAGACGGACGGCGAGAGAUUCGCGCUGAACCAGUCGCCGACGAGUUCAAAGAAGUCCUGCUCCUGCUGACGAAUCGGUAACCCAUCGAUAGCAGGAUCGCCCGUUCCGUUAUCGUCGCACCCUCGUCGUGACCGCGUUGUCGUCGACGCCAUGACACUGACGUCCGUUUGGUUCGUGCUGGCCACCGGUUUUCGUCUCGAUCGCCGCCGCGAGAACACAAUGGCGGCCGUUUAUCGCGCCGCGACGGCCAUCGGGGACACUUAGGCGCGAUUGGCUGGUCGCCGAUCGCCGAGGACGCGCAAUUCCGACCGAUCGUCGCUCGUACUCGUCCGUUUGUACAUACACGCGUUCGUUAACCGAUCCAGAAGGAAUCGGAGCCUCAAACGCUGAAUCGAGAAAGGAAACGAUGGUAUCGGGGGCUGACAGCUGACCUAGACCUAGCAGUGACCUAGUUAGAGCAGAAGACGCGGAGUUACGAUGCAAUUAUACAAUUUUACAGAAUUAAUAGUUUAGAAACGACUGAAAGAACCCUCUGUUAAAUUCUGUUUUAGAUACACCUUCCAAAAUAUUGAUUUCUAAUUUUUAUAACGAAGAAGAAGGAGGUUCGUAAAAGUGGAAAUUAAUUUUUGUAGAAAUCUUUAAUAUACAUUUAUUGCUUCCAGAAAUGAUGGGGGUGGGAGGCUCGAAAGUACAUUAAUGUUUAAGCGAGGAUCGUUAAGGAUUAGAACAGUUGCCUUUAUAGAAACGAAAACGUCGAAGGCGACGACGCUCGAGUUUUUAAGUGAUAUCUUCCCGCGAUCGACAGCUUUCGCAAAUAGAAUGUUUGCGAUUCAGCGUUCUCUGCCAUCCUCGAAUUUACGCGACACGCGCUGAUAGAUUAUUUCCAUUCCAUUUAUUGCAAUUAAGUUUUACGAAAGAAGAAUAAACUGUUGCUCGCCACGUUAUAACUAACACGAUAUCGAGAAGAUUUUCUCUUAAGGGGUCCGCCUAAUUCGGACCUCCAAUCGAUGGGUAUCUAAUAGUUUUUUUUUUCGAGAAACUUUUGGACAUAUCAAUUUUUAAUUUUGCACGUACCAUUUACUUAGAUCGAUACAAAUAGAAAACUUGAAAAAGAUUCAUUUUAGAAUAAUACUUUUUUUUUAGGGCUCGAAUCUUUGAGGAAAUGUAAAAAUAAAAAUUGUUUUUUGUUAUUAAAAAUUAGACGGACCUCUUAAGCGAGUUCGGUGGUCCCAUCGAUCGACCUCGAAAAUUUUUCUACUUUUUAACCCCGCGAUGCGACGAAAGCUUUCACGGUCGGCCGUAACUCACUUUAACCGAGACCACGAGUAAAAGAACGGCAACUAACAGGUAGCUAACUAUCGAUCGUACGUUACCAAGUAAGUCUAGUUAUGUAACCCAAGCUCUAACUUAUAUAAUACAAGGUGGUCCAUUGGAACCAGGACAUUUUAAAUAAACACGAUUCAAUUAAUUCUUCAAAAAAAAAAAAAAAAUUUGUAUCAAAUAAACACUUAUUAAUUAUAUCGAGAAAAAAGAAAACAUGAGUAACGAAUGUUUGCAACCUGUUUCUCCCGCGAAGCUAUGCAAUUUUUGUUGUCAACAGUUGUAUUGCUUGAAGCAGCGAAGAUGUCCAGUUUCUAGUGGGACCACCCUGCACAACUGUCGCCAGAAUGACCCGUCGUGACGUUCUAGCGUUGGCAAGUCAUUUUGUCGGCGGUUGCAGGCCCGAUAAUAGAUUCUUUUUAUACGAAAACGCCUUGACAUUCACGCGUACGAGAACACGCUUAGAAUCAGAACGAAAUUCUCGUUCGUUACGUUCAUUAAUUUUUAAGCUCACGGACGGGCGAACGCAUGCACCGAUGCCACGUGUUUUCGCGUGCCCGAAAUUGUCGACGUAUUAUACAUAAUGUAAUUAUAUAUAAGAGACAUAUUAUAUAAAUAUUAUUUAUAGCGAAUCACUUGAGAGUCAAUACAUUAUUACGUUGCAAAGCAUUCAGUUCUAGCUGUCCUUCUCGACAUCCUAAUUUCUGAAUAAAAAUAAAUUUUUUGAGCGAUAUUCUCGAUAAAAAACAAAUUAUAAUAACAAGGAUGAUAUCGACGUCUUGGAAAAUACCAAAACUAUUGCGUUAAAAUUCCACUUGAAAUAAAAAUAAAAAUAGAAAUUUGCAAGAUUGGGGAUAGCAAAGUUGAUACAAGAUUAGGAAAUCUUGGUGUCUUUUUGUCGCGGAUGAUUCGAUGAUUAGAUACCAUUUGCGUCAAUCGAUCAGAUUUCGAUCACACUAUUUUGAUACACAAAUAACAAUUUUCUAAUAUUUCAAAUAUUCUCGAACAUUCAAAAUUUUUAUUCGUUGAAUUAGCUUGAUUAUAAAAUAUUCCAAUAGUCACAGGCCUAGUUCGUGGACAAUUCUCGGCACGGAUAUUGAGAACCACUGGCAUCGAAACGACUAUGAGCUUAAUUAUACGAAAACCGAUGAAAGUGUUCCUCGUUCCAUCCAUGACUUCUCAAGCAUUCCGUCGUUUUUACUCUAUCACUGAACUGUUCUAUUCAUAAAUAAUCAACAAUCGAACUAGGACCCUUUUUUGAACUUAGACGUAUAUAAAAAAACAAAAAGAGACCGUGUCUUUUGAGAGAACCGUCACUUCCAUGUUGAAACGAAGAUCGAUGGAACGAUUGCGUUACUUUUUAAAGAAAUUUUAGCAUAGAAUUUUGUGUAUAGAGAGAUCCAUACGUAUAUACAUAUAAAACACCAUUACUAUAAUAUAUACACAACCUACUUGUAUAGCCUAUAUUGUAAAUAUCUUGAAUUUUACACCAACGCGUCUCUUUUUCAUUGAUCGACGAAAACUCGAGGCAGGUUUAUACAUUUUUGUAUGUAUGUAUCCGUACGAGUCGUAGAAAGGACACGCGGUAAACGUCGUUGCUUUACAUAAGAGGAGAAUUGUCGGCUUGGAUGCCUUAUUAUAAGAAAACUAAUUCCAUUCUUCUCUUUUAUAAUGUACAGG